CUCCUAUGAUUCUAUUGGCGGUACCUGCACCUAAACCGACAAUAGGUAAAGGUACCCUCUGUAUUUUCAACAAGGACAAUAUUAUUUACGUAAUACAGAUAGUCGAUUGUGUCAAUCAUGCAGUGCAAUUUUUUUACUCAUGGUGGUACUGCGUUUUCAAUAUUGUUUCGUCAAAUUACACGCGAGUGGUACCUAAUUGUUUCAGACUAUUUUCAUUUUCGACUGCGACUUCUUCGAGACGUCGAUGUUCUUAUAAGCAAACCUCUGAUCCGCAAAUUUUAAGCAAAUAUCAAUAAAUAAUCAUUGUUAUAAAAAGUCGAAUAAAAUAAUGUGCAAGUGCAAUAAUGUUUCGAGUUUUGUGGGCAAUUCUUCUAAUUAAAGCAAACGCCGCAUUUGCUGCUCGCCUGCUGAAUUGCCCAAAAUCGAACAUAAAAUUCGAAAAAAUCAUCGGCCUUCCCCCAAUCAACUUGAAUCGAGAACAGCUCUUAGUCCCUCUGAAUCAAAACGAAACUGAUGCCGCCGUUACUAUUCAAUGUCUGCAAAAUUGCCAGAAAAACGAAAAAUGUCAAAGCUUUGUACUCUUUUACGACACUUCUGAUUGCUACUGGUUUGAGAACGACCAAACAUUUAUCAGGAAUGAGUCUGGAAUGGAAGUUGAUAAUGCAGCAGCAUGGUUUGUUAAAGUCUGUCUGCAAGAAGAAAGAGGUUGUAACAAAUCGUGGGUGUUUGAAACAGUCAGAGGAGCCACUUUGAUAGGCAAUGACACUAAAGCUCUGCCCAGAAACAUGUCCAGAUCGGAAUGCCAGCAAAACUGCUUGGAUGAAACCGAUUUUGACUGCAGAUCCGUUAAAUUUAGAGUCAGUUCUGCUCAAAAUGAGACUGUGGGAUUAUGCACUCUGAGCAACAGUGACAGGCACUUAAUGCCCACUUCCUAUAGAGUUUCAACUUAUGAUGAUUAUUACCUGGAAAACCAGUGCACAAAAAUCCGGGAUAAUCCACCUACAGAGCAUCAAGAUAAUGAAUACUGUACCUACGAAGAAUACGGAGACGUUGCUUUCAAGCACAAGGACUUAAGGUUGCUAAAUAUGACCAAAGAUCAAUGCCAACAUCAGUGCGAGGUUUACCAAGCAUUCAAUUGCAGAGGGUUUAGCUUGGACAGUGGGAAAAAGUGCAUUUUGCACAGUGAGGACACAAAGCUCAGAGGUCCAAGAAUCCUCGUUUCCAAACAAGGAGCGACUUAUUACGAAAAAGCUCGAUGCCUUAAUAUUACUGUUUCAUGCACUGAAAGCUACAUGACCAUUCGCUAUCAACCCGAAACAAAUUUUCACGGAAAAUUAUACAUGCACGGAAAUUCCGAAAAUAAGGAAUGUUUCGUUGUGGGCCAAGGCAAAUUCACAAUGGUUACUUUAAAAUUACAACUUCUUACCAAUGAAUGUGGCAUCGUUAAAGCUGAUAGUCCUACAAGCCGGACAUUAUUAUCAGGAACCUUAAUCAUCCAAUACAAUGCGUUCAUUCAAACUCAGUCAGACCGACUACUCAAAGUGGGCUGCAUUUUUGGAAACCAAAGUAAAGUGCUGAUUGGUACAGGAGUUACAAUUACAUCGAAUCUUCCCAACAAAGGAAGCACGCUUAUAACGACGAUAUCGAAUGAGACUGUGGCCCCUGUAGUGGAAAUGAGAGUAGUGGAUCUGAGGUCUCAAGAUGAGACUACAGACACGCAAAUCGGCCAAGAGCUGCAGCUGAUAAUUGAGCUGAAAGAAAAAACCAAUACUUAUGACUUGUGGGCAAGCCACUUAAUCGCCAUGACCGAGAAGGGCGAGGAAUCGAUUUUCCUGCUGGAUGACCGCGGAUGUCCCACAAACUUAAACAUAUUCCCUGCGUUGAGCAAAACUAUUUCCAAUGGAACAAGGCGGCUGAUCGCUACGUUCCAGGCAUUCAAAUUCGCGUCUUCUCCAGUGGUUCGGUUUAGCGUUCUUAUUCAAUUUUGCUCCAACGAAUGUUCCCCAAUAAAAUGUGACAACAACGGUGAGUCCUAUGGCCGAAGGAAGCGAGAAGUCAGGACUCAUUUAGUUGAGACAAUAAACGGGAGUAAAAUGAUUCGCAGCUUCAAUCAGUUGAAGAGGAGCUUUGAAGCCAACUCUUCAGUGAUCAACCAAAUGCCCUUGGAGUAUGUUAUGAUAGUGAGGGAUGCGAGUUUUCAACCGGAUAGGCUCAUAGUAGGAAACAAUGAUGGCAAAAUCUUAGUGGCCGGAUACAAUUUUGUGACUGACGAAGUUUGCAUGGACUAUUCUCUAGUCAUAGGACUGAUUGUGACAUGGGUUCUUGUUCAGCUCAUAUUUAUUAUCGCCUGUAUCUGUUUGGUUCGACGCUAUAAAAAGCAUUACCAGGAAGAAUUUAGCAGAGCUUCAAUGGAAGAUCUCAAUAAAAAUUUCGGGCUCGGAUUCAGCAAUUUGGAGAACCGAAGAGUGCGGUGGGCGGACAAUGGCGACAAUAUAAUGUAGACGACCAAUUGUUAACAUGCGACUAACAUGUGGACGAAUCCAAAUAUAAGAAUUUAUAAAGACUCUCACGCCCUGAAUAUGGAAUAUUUUGCAGCGAACUUUGCAUUUAAUUGUUUAGUGACUAUAUUUAUUUAAUAUAAUAGUUUUAUAUUCCAA